AUGUCCGGGCGUGGUAAGGGUGGAAAGGGUUUGGGGAAGGGGGGCGCCAAGCGUCACCGCAAAGUUUUGCGAGACAACAUCCAGGGCAUCACUAAGCCCGCUAUUCGCCGCCUGGCUCGGCGUGGAGGAGUCAAGCGCAUCUCCGGGCUCAUCUAUGAGGAGACCCGCGGGGUGCUGAAGGUGUUCCUGGAGAAUGUGAUCCGGGAUGCAGUCACCUACACCGAGCACGCCAAGCGCAAAACUGUCACUGCCAUGGACGUGGUCUACGCGCUUAAGCGCCAGGGACGCACCCUCUAUGGCUUCGGCGGCUGAAAGUUUGAUCUUACUUGCUUACUUAAAGGCC